AUGCCCCAAGUGAGCCCCUCGCCGCUGCGAGACCCAGUGCCGCGACGACAGUCGCCUCCAGAGAAGUUGCUGGCUGCCUGGCGCCGAAUGGUCCUGACCACAAUGCGGCUCUACAUGGAGAUCAUGCUGCAGUCCGUGACGGGCUACAUCACCAGCCGCAACCGUGGCACUUUGGUGAAGAUGCCAAAGGCCAAGAACAAGGACAAGACGCUGGCAGACCAGAGGAAGGCCUCAAAGGUCCGACGUGGCAUCGGGCAGCCGUUGCCUCGAUCCAAGGCUUGUGCCUUAUCCAAGCCGACUGCCACACCACGCUCCAGACCAGAUCUGAAGACUUUGGUUGUCGAGGAGAAGGCCAACACUGCAGCCCAAGGACCUUUGGACCCAAUGGCGCCACACCGAGGAAGAGCGAAGAAUCCAUUGAACGGACCUCCCCAAGUGCCCGUGUUGCCAAUGCCUGGCACCUCUGCGGUGACCGAGAUGGCCGCCCAGGCCACGAAGGUCAAAGACGUGAAAACGGCUUUUCUUCAAGCCUUGCCGACCACUCGGGUCAAGCCUCCUGCAUGCAGACUUCCCAAAGAUGAGUGCCCGGAAGGACUGGACCCGCAGCAAUUGUUGCUGCUUCUGACAGAGAUCUAUGGCCUAGUCACCGGACCGAGAGGGUUCAUUGUGAUUGAGAUCGAUGACAUUGCCGAAGCCGGAGGACCCCGACACCAGGAACAAAUGAAGCAGCUGGAAUCCAUGUUCACGUUUGGAAAGGUGGGCUGUUUGCGAUCUCAAGGAGGUACAAACUAUGCCGGCCGCGACCUACGCCAGCUAGAAGACUACAGUUUUGAGAUCACCAUGGAGGAGUUCAUCUACACCAGGCUGGAACCAAUUCUUGGCCACAAGAAAGUGCUCAAAAAGCAUGAUGUGGUGAAGCACCUGAAGACGUUUCCAAUGACUUUGCGGGUCCAUGCAAUCCCAGAAGACCAAGUGCGUUUGAUUCUGAUAGCCGACUCUGCUUUUGACACGAGUGGAAAGGAGAAAUCUCAGCAUGGUUGGUUGCUAGGCUUCACAAAUCCAAUGAUGAAUCCAGGGAAGCUUGCGCCAGUUUCCCUGAUGCAGUGGAGAUCCAAGCGGCUUCGACGAAAGGCCUCUUCAUCCCUGCUGCGCGAAGCAAUUUCGAUGUCUGCAGCGACCGGAGCUUUGGAACGUUUGGAUGCCUUUUUCCAAAGCAUUAGCCUGUCUGAGAUCAGUCCUCGAAGAAAGCUGCAGUCUGAAGACCAAUACCUGGAAGCCUCUGGAAAAGCCACCGUCAUUGCGAAUGACUCCAGCACCUACCGAGAUCCUCAUGGUCUUUGUGUGAUGGACGCGAAAAGCUUGUUUGACGCCUUGAACUCUGAACAGAGCCAGGGCGACGAUGACAGAAGCGCGUUAGGUGUCACGGGCCAAGGCAAGGUGGCAGCUGGCCACGUCCUCUACAAUGACGAGGUUGCAGCAAAGCUGCAUCUCUGGAGAACACCAUUCGAUCCUUGGAGAUCGCGAGAAGUGCAGAGGAACUUUCAAGGACCUGUCUUCGAUCUCUGUAUUUGGUGUCUGGUAGUCUUGUACAGGGAUUCUGUCUUUGCUGAAUUGCUUUUGUGUCAAGAGCUUGCACAGGAGCUGAUUGCACAAGGAUUCACUGCAAAUACAGCUUUGUAUAGCUUUGUUGCAUCCGAGUUGAGAGCCAAAGUUGCGCUUCCUCCGCCUGCUGCCAUGACCGACAAGGAGCUCUUGUAUUUGAGUGAGCCAGAGUCUGAAGAAGAGGAAGGCUCUGACCUGCCUUUCUUCAUCCAAUAUCCGCGCUCAGCAAACCUGCUGCUGGUCAUUCUCUACGCCGGAGUUGGAAUACUCUACUUUGUGACCGUAUUAGGCUGGUCGCCUGAGACUUCAUUCUAUGCCGUGGCGCAAAUUCUCACCACGGUGGGUGUCACUGGGGUUGCUGGCUACGAUUGACAAGCUUUUUGACAGCAUUGAUCGCAACGGCAACGGCUCACUUUCGUUUGAUGAAAUCAAUGAAGCUGAGAAGAAGGCGGCCUUGUUUUAUCAAGAAAGCUAGGGCUGAACCGCUGAUGUCGCUGCCUUCGCUGGUGCUACUUUUGCUGCAUGGGUUGCGGAACUUGGGCCCAUGUGAAGUGCCAGUGGACUGCAGAAUGCCAAUGCCUCUCAAGGUUUCCUGAUGCUGGGUCUGUAUUGCAUUGUUGUGCCAUGUUGUACCAGAAGUUCCAGAGGUCAACGCUGAGGUUUGCACUUCUCAAACCGG